AUGGAGCCUCCUAAUCGCAUGCAAGAUGUCACCGAGGACGGCAGUCCCCCAACCUCUCGCGCCGACAGCGACCCGCCAGUCCCGACACAUGCCGGCCGACGACGGACGCGGCGCGCGCCCAACCUCCCACUGGGCGAGCACUACAACCAACCGCUGCGACCGCAUGUCUGGUACAGCAAGCGACAGACCUGGACACGCGCACAGCUGGACCGCGAACGCUGCGAGUUCUUCGAGACUCGCGUGACCGGCCGCCCUGAGGUGUGGGCGGCGCUGUCGACGGCCAUCUCGCUGCUGCACGCAGGCGACACGCCCACCGCACAGAGCAUCAUCGAUGCCGCCGGCAUUACCGUCCCCACUGGCGAUCUCUGCGAGGGCUGCUACGACGAGCAGGGCGUUCUCUACCGGCUGCCGCAGUGUAUUGUCAGCGAUCCCGAAAAUAUACUCCCCGGUCCUAAGCUAUCCGGAGAUGGGCAUGACGAGCUCGAUCCCGGAAGCCUCUCCGAUGGCAAUCUGGCCACCGAUGACGCCUCGGCCGAUGAGUUGAUCGCCCGGGAUAUUGAGCGCCGCCGCGACGAGAAGGGUAAAACCAGUGAACGGGACUUGAUCCGCGUGCAGGCUCGUCUCAGUGAUCGUGGCGGUCCCGAUUUAAUGCUGUCUAUCGGCAAAAACCAGAGCGUGGGCUUUCUAGCUCGCAAGCUUUCGCGGCAUGAGCGUGUCCGAAUCGCCUAUCUCGGGCGCAUGCUGAAAGAGUCCGAGUCUCUACCCGAGCAAGGAUGGCAGAGCGGCCAUGUCAUUAAUGCCUUGAUCACCAUGCGCAACCCAGUCUCCUAG